CGAGGGCGUCGGACAAAGGUGGCCGCGUCGAGCGGCCGGCCGGCGGCGCAUUCACCACUCAAACAUGGCAGCGGCUACUAGCGUUGUCGUGCUCGACAGGGGCAACAACACCACCUGCACCAUCAAUUUACACGGAGCCACCGUGGUGUCUUGGCGGGUGAAUAAUCAGGAACAGCUGUUCGUUAGUAAGCAAGCUGUAUUCGAUGGAAAGAAAGCUAUUAGAGGCGGCAUACCAUUCGUUUUCCCACAAUUCGGAGCAUGGACGUUCGGGCCGCCCCAUGGCUUUGCCAGAAUUAUUCGUUGGAACGUGGAAAAGUCACCGGAACGAUUACCCAGCGGGGAUAUCGAGGCGAUAUUCUCGAUAAUGGACAGCGAAUUCACGCGAUCGCUAUGGAAUUCACAGUUCAGGUUAACGUACAGGCUAAUACUGCGCGAGAAAGAGUUGCAUUUCAACAUCGGCGUCUACAAUCCUAGCAGAGAAGACACGUUCAGCUUUAAUUUGCUCCUACAUACUUAUUUCAAAGUGCCCGACGUCAGGAGAUGCCAGAUCACGGGGUUGCACGGAUGCACGUUCGUCGACAAGACUAGGGACAACCAAAUCUUUCAAGAGGGCCGCGACGUCGUGACGGUGUGCGAAUGGACCGACAGGAUCUACCAGAACACGCAGCCGGAGCAUAUCAUUACGAAUGUCGUGUCCGGUAGGAAGAUGCGCGUGCAAAAGUACAACUUUCCCGACACCGUCAUUUGGAAUCCCUGGCAGGAGAAGGCGCGCGACAUCCCGGACUUUGGCGACGACGAAUUUCCCAACAUGAUAUGCGUCGAGAGCGGACAUGUCAGUAGUCCGGUCAUACUGUUGCCGGGAACGGCCUUCGAAGCGAGCCAGAUACUGCAGGUGAUGUGAGUAGAGAGUGGACCGACGUCACACGUCAGUACCGGAGGCAGUACCAAUUCGUUACUCCCGACGUCAUCCUCCUCAUCGUCCGCGGUCUGGCCAGCGGGCGCUGGCUGGCUCUACAUGCCGCCACCACCGCCACCGCCGCCACCCCCGCCACCCCCGCCGCCACCCCUGCCGUCGCACCCAUCCCACUUACACUCGCAUUGCGUUGCCCAGACCUGCACGAUAUGCUCCUUGAAUCUUUAGACUCGCGGCUCGCGAACGAGCUCUUCGAAAUUUCUUUGCUCUUUCCUCUUUUCCGAUCGGAUACAAAUUCAUACGUAUAGGUAGACCACCGUACAUGUGGUGGAGAACGUAAUUUUUCUUACGACAUACUCGUCGAGGAAGCGUAGUAGAUUAUUCGCAUCAGUAAAGGCGAGUAACUUGAUUAAUUUUGUCGAAGAAUUUUUUCUUUCGUCGACUUUUACAUAUUCGCUUGCUUUCAACGUUUGCGCUUGGUCCGAGGACCAGAUUCGAAAUGGUCAACCGAAUCUCAAACGAGAAUGUGAGGGAUCGAUCGAUCUGUCUCUCUUUGGUUUCCAAACAAUAAUAAUCAUAAAAUAUACAAGAUUUUUGACAAGUCGUUUUUUUAGUAUAGUCCUUGCACGGUCCGAUAAAGAUGUUGCUUGCGACGUCUAUUUUUCUUUUAUCGAAGAUGUAAAGCUGUGGGAAGGCAUUCGUGUAAAUAUGCGAAACAGAAUCGUAUUCUUUUGUUUAGUUCUCAAAGGACGUUAAAGUCCGAAAGAAAAGCUCUUUUCUAAAGAGCUAUCUUUUUUUUAACUCGAUCCGUCGCAAAUAUUAUAUAUACAUUCCACAUGUACUGCUAUUUAGAUGGAAAACAAAAGAGAGAUAUAUAUCACGUCUCUUAUUUCCGACUCAUCACUUUUGAAUAUUAGUACGAUACAUUGUUUAUAGGCAUAUAUGACAUACAUAUAGAUUGGUAUGUAAGCGACUUUGCUACACUCAUGUGUGUGCGAUAAGACUUUCACUAUAAAAUUUUCCAAGUAUUGUGAUGUAGUUGUUUGUUAGUUUCGAUAAACGACGAUUCUAUUGGA